AUGCCCGUAUAUCUGAAUCAAGUUGGAAGCAGCAGCCCCGGUUCCACACAAGGUACAAUGCCCGUCAAGGCAUCCACAGCGGCACUCAUGAUGAUGAUGGAUCAAAGCUUGGCGUCCGGUGGUAUCGCGGAGGAUCCCAUGGAUUCCUCUGAUUUCAUGUUUUGCGACGACGAAGACCUCUCCAGUAACGAGAACGCCAUGGCGGUGGAUGUCCAAGCGAGUAUGAACCAGAUGCGCACUGGAUUGCAGCGUGUGCGUUCGGCCAGUUCGCUCAAGAGCAUGUUGGGAACCAGCAGCAUGGGCGAUUCUCGCAAGUCGAACCGGAGACGUCGUGACCGAAACGGCGGUGGAGAAAUGCCCACCAUGAUUCUUGCCGGCGGCGGUGGUCCACUCCGUCGCGGUGUGCAAGGUUCCUCGUCCAUGGCCAAUCUGUUGCAGAUGAAAAUGGCCGUGGAAAAAGCGCAAGAGGCAGAACGCAAAAAGAUCAAGCACAGCAUCAGUUUCAACGGCAACAUGGUGACAUCCAUCAUGCAAGCUCCUCAAGAAGAGAAGUACGACGAAUCCAUUCCCAAACCCGACGAUUACCUCGCCACUCUCAUUGGUGGAACACCCGAACGUUUUAGUUACGACAGUCUCGAAGGAUUCUUUUUGCCCGUCAAGCCCGAAUACGUCAGUGCGUGGACGAACGAACUCACUCGCGCGAUUCGCAACCACGAUCUCGACGCGCUCAAGGAAAUGCAUCAACAAGGACAUCGCAUGCAAGCAUGCAAUCAAUUUGGAGAAACCGUCGUGCACUUGGCAGUGCGUCGUGGCACUCCGGAAAUGCUCCGCUUUUUGCUCACCGAAGCGGGUGUCUCGAUGCGGGUCUGUUGCGAUUACGGUCGUACGCCCCUCCACGAUGCCGCCUGGUCGUUGGCGGCCAGUACGGGUACGCUGGAAAAGAUGGAGUUGCUCCUUGGCGAAUCGCCCAUGCAGCUUUACAUUCUCGACAAGAGAGGAUUCACGCCUUUGAGUUAUGUGCCCCGCAAUCGUUGGAAGGAGUGCAACGAAUUCCUCGAUCGUCAGUAUGCCAAAGGACGUCUCUUUCGCAUCGGUAGCAAGUAA